AAAUAAAUGAGUUAAAAUACAAGAACUAGGUAUUUAUAUAUUUAAUGAAAAUAUAGAGCUAAUAGUCAAUAAAGCAAGAUAUCUAAAAAAAGCAUUAGAAAAUAUAGUUCUGAUUACUAUGACUCAGAGGCAUCAGACUCAGAACCUAUGAUUAAGAAGAGAGUGGUAAAAAUAUGGACACCAGAGGAAGAUGAGAUGCUUUAAGAGUUUUAUGAGAAAUUUAAUGGAAAUUGGACACUUGUAGCAUAGUCAAUACCAGGAAGAAAUUAAUCACAAUGUUCGUAAAGAUGGAAAAGAAUAAAUCCUAAUAGAGUAUAAUAAGAAAUAUAAAAAGAUCAAAAUGAGAAAGCAAUGGACAGAGGAAGAAGAUAGACAAGUUUUACGUUUGAUUUAAAAAUUUGGAAAGAAUUGGAAGAGAAUAGAAAAUGAAAUGAAUGGGAGAACUGGAAAACAAAUAAGAGAAAGAUUCAUAAAUAAAUUAGAUAAAACAAUAAAUCAUGAUCCAUAUGAUGAGAAAGAAGAUGAAUAGAUUUACUAAUUGUAUAUAAGUUUGGGUCCAAGAUGGAGUGAAAUAUCAAAAAAGUUAAAAGGAAGACCAGUAAUCAUUUAAACAAAUAUGAAAGGAAAAUUCUGUAAAGAACAGAUUUUAUUCACAUAUAAAGAAGGAGUAUAAUAUAUAGACAAGAGAAUCUGAUUCAGAUGGUAAGGAGAUUACUCCUGAAUAGUAACAUGUUAAAUCUGAUUUGAUAGGAAAAGAUUAUUGUAGAGAUUAAAGUGACGAUAGAAAAUUAGAUACAAUAUAAAGUUAAUUUGAACAAGAGAACUCUAUUAACAAUAUUUAAUAGUACAACGUUCACAUAUAAACCCAAUAUAAUGGUCUUGGUAAAGGAGGUAUAUGAUUUAUGCAAAAUUACAUAGACUCUCUAAAUUCUAAUGGAGAUUUCAUGUAAUUUGCACAUUAGAUGAGUUUAGAAUAAAAGCAAUUAUAUGGAAUUGAUAUUUCAUAACCAGGACCCUAUAUUUUUUAGGAUGUCUAACUUCCUUUUUAAGAUCUAUUAGAAGAAUAAGGAGAAUAAAUUUUAAUAAAGAAAGCAUCAUCAACAACCCCAUAUUUAAGAACAGAUAGCAAUAUUAUUAAUUAGGAUAUAUAAUUACAAAAUUAAUUUAAUAAAAUGAGUAUGGAAUAAGAAUGA